AUGGAGCUGGAGGACACAACCUUCAGACUCUAUUCUCGAUCACUGUCUGGAUGGGGCAGGGUUGAUGUCAACUCUGAUUGCUACUCGGCUGAGAAACAGCUACAGAUGUGGGUUGGUCUCACUGAUUCUUUAUCAAAAAACUUUUUGGUGGCUGAGUACAAGUGGGAAGCAACCUCUGUCUCUCUCCUCUGGACGCUAAAAGACAUUCUGGAGUAUGUCUUCUGGCGAGGUGCUUUAGUUGCUGUUCCUUUUGUGAGCUGCAUUGCUGGCAAGGACAUGAAUUUCAAUCUCACCAUUUCUCUGUCUCACAUACUGUGCUGUAUUCAAGUGUUACAUCCUCUCUCUCUCUCGCCGGCGCACUCGAUCUCUCUCACCAGCAACAUGCAACCCACAAGGAGAAGCUCGCGGCUCAUGAAACUGAAGAAUGUCGAGUCUACUCCGAUGAACCCGCUCGACCUCUCCUCUGGGUCGUCCUCAGGCAAGCGGAGCCGCCGUCGCGUCUCAGCUGGUGACACUGCCCCUCUACCCCCAAACAUCGCUUCUGAAGUCGAGUCUCUCUCGGAUGGGGAAUCACCAGACGAUCACUCCGCCGAAGCUCCGAUGGCAGAAGACACUCCUCCGAAUCGCUCCAAAGAACAGAGAUUUGAGGAGAGUCGGAGUGUGUAUCAAACUAAGGCUCAGUUCUAUCCAGAGCUCAUGCGACCUUCAAGGAGGCCAAUGACCGAACGGUUCUUCUCAAUAGAGGCGACUGAGCGUUUCAGAGAGCUCCGAGGGAGGAAUUUCAUUCCUCAGCAAUCUAUCUCUCUCACGGACGAGAAUCUCUCGGAUGUCAGAAAAAUUGUGAUCGGGGCAGGCCUGAUUCAUACCCUCACUGAUCUCGAUCCUUAUCAGCCCAAUGUAAUCCGGGAGUUCCUUGCAAAUCUUCCGGAAGCCGAGGAACGAGACGAUGGUGUAGCGGUGUAUGUUCGAGGAUCGCUUGUUGAUUUCUCUCCGAGUCUGAUUAACUCGAUGUAUUGCAUUCCGGGGUUUGAAGAAGAUCCUAAUUGGAUGGAUGAACGCCUUGAUGAAGUUUGUGGUUUUCUCACAGAUGGGCGAAUCAGACGAGGUGAGAACAUGAGUUCAAAGUAUCUCACAGCUACGAAUCAGGUUCUGUAUAAGCUCGUCUGCUCGAAUUGGAUUCCCACCAGGAACUACACUUCAAUGAACCAAAGGCGACUCAGGUUCGUCUACAUGCUUCAUCAUCAUGAUGGAUUUGACUUCGGGAAACUUGUCUAUGAUCAGAUAGUAGCAAUGGCAGCGAACACUCAGACAGAGAAGACUCGGUGUAUCAUGUUCCCUAACCUGAUUCAGCAGGUCAUCCAUUUUCAGAGAACUAUAACUCCUGACUUGCUUCAUGAUGAGUUCACUGGAACACCGAAGCUUGUUGUCAAGGAUGUUAAGGCUGGUCGUGGGUCUGGAGCAGACUCUAGUGCUGCUAGCCUUGAGGAUGACAUCAAUCGCGCUAUUACGGGACUCAAAGCCAUUAGAGUUCGCCUGAGGAGGGGAGACUAUGAGCAGCAUGUUCCUCAUCCAGGGUUUGAAGAAAACGAUGAGCAGGAUGAAGAUGAGGAAGACGCGUAG